AUGGAGGCAUAUCUCGCGGAGGUACGCAAGAUAGAGAAGCACUUCUUGGGCCUGGAGCUACAGCACGUGCCCUGCGGCACGAACAGGGAAGCCGACGAGAUCGCCAAGAGGGCGUCUAGGCGCCUGCCUCAGGAGCCUGGCGUCUUUGAAGAGAGACUCUUCAAGCCUUCAGCAGCCCCUCCGGCUGCGGAAUCGGCGUCGCCUCAGGAGCGGCUUCCCCCCACCAGCCUCGGGAGCCCCUGCCUGCGGUCCAACCUGAGGAGCAUGCCUGCUCCUGGCACUCAAGCCCCAGGAGGGGUGCUGGAUCAAAGAGUUCAGGGCGUACCUGGUGCAAGGAACACUGCCAGAGAAGGAGGAAGACGCGGAGCGCGUGGCCCGACAGGCUAUGGUGUACUGCAUUCAAGACGGAAGCAGGGAUGCGAUCUGUUAGCUGACAUACACGAUGGGGAUUGCGGGCAUCAUUCGUCGUCGCGCACUCUGGUGGGCAAGGCAUUCCGCAGCGGAUUCUACUGGCCCAUGGCGCUCAGUGACGCAGCCGAGCUAGUAAGGUCCUGCGAGGCAUGCCAGUUCCAUGCCAAGAAAAUCCAGCAGCCUGCUCAGGGCCUUCAGACCAUUCCGCUCUCUUGGCCAUUCGCGGUCUGGGGGCUGGACAUUCUGGGACCGUUCCCUUGA